CUUAAAUUUUCAGUCAGUCAGUGGGAUGUACAAAAAUUUCACAAGGAUGCAUCCGUCAGAUUUUGAGUUGUUGAUAAAUUUGAUCGGGCCGAAAAUUUUUAAAAAAGAUACCGUGUUCAGAAAAGCAAUUCCUGUUCUGGAAAGGUUGGCUGUAACACUGCGAUUUUUGGCAACUGGAGACUCAUACGUCAGUCUUCAAUACCUCUUCAAAAUAUCUAAGCAAACAAUCAGCACCAUUGUCCCUGAACUUUGUGGCGCUCUUGUGGAAGCACUGAAGGACUUCAUUAAGAUACCAAAAACAAAACAUGAAUGGCUGGGAGUGGCUAAUGAGUUUGAAAGGACGUGGAAUUUCCCACACUGUCUGGGAGCUAUUGACGGAAAGCACAUCGCUCUGCAGUGUCCUAUGAACAGCGGUAGCGAGUACUUCAACUUCAAAGGCUUCUUCAGCUUAGUACUCCUCGCUAUAUGUGAUGCCAACUACAACUUCAUAUUUGUGGACACAGGGUGCCAAGGGAGGAUUUCUGACGGUGGAGUGUUUGCAAAUACCGAGUUCUGCAAAAGGAUGACAAGAAACAGUUUGAAUCUACCUCAACCUGCUCCGCUCAAGGGACGGAGAGCUUUACCUUUCUUUUUGAUUGGAGAUGAAGCCUUUCCAAUGUCUGAAAACUUGGUGAAAGUUUAUCCUGGUUAUCAUCCCAAGGGCUCCAAGGAACGGAUUUUUAACUACAGACUGAGCAGAGUCCGUCGACUUGUAGAAAAUGUGUUUGGCAUUGUUUCCUCAACCUUUCGCGUACUUCGGAAACCUCUACUUUUGGAACGAAGAAAACCCCAACUCGUUGUGAUGACUUCUGUUGCAUAA